AUGGACGUGCGCGGUGGCACGAGUGAGAAUGACGAAUCCAAGGGCAAGCCCGAUGGCAAGACCAAGGGGAAGCCCAAGGAAAAUGAUGGUGCUACCAAGGAGGAGGACGCCGCUGCGUCAGGGCAACAGAAGCCUGUGCCUAAUGGAUCCUUCGGCGUGACCGGCAAUGCAGUCGUCACCCCGGCAUUCAAGGCUGCCCACCAAGACGUCAUGGCGCUGCACUCUGGGUCAGCGAAUCCUUCUGCAGCCGCUCCAAGCAAGAACAGCCAGGUGAACUGGAGUGAGGUGACGCUUACGCCAUCAUCACCUAUGACAACGGCUAAGCCACAUACUUUCGGCUGCCCUAUCGACGAUGUUGGGAAACCCUCCGGCUUUACCUUCAGUGCGAACUUGUCGGUCACAGGUAGCCAGGUGAACAAGAGUGCGGCAGGCUCCUCCACCGCAUCAGCCAUGGCGACGCCCUCGACAUUUAGUUUCGGCAGUGCUCAAUCUCCUGGCUUUAGCUUCGGUGAGAACCCAUCGGUCACAGGCAGCCAGGUGAACCAGAGUGCGGCAGGCUCCUCCACCGCAUCAGCCAUGGCGACGCCCUCGACCUUUAGUUUCGGCAGUGCUCAAUCUCCCGGCUUUAGCUUCGGUGAGAACCCGUCGAUCACAGGCAGAUCUUCCGGCUUUAGCUUUGGUGCAGACCUGUCGGUCACAGGCAGCCAGGUGAACAAGAGUGCGGCAGGCUGCUUCACCGCACGGGCCAUGGCGACACCCUCGACAUUUAGUUUCGGCAGUGCUCGACCUCCCGGCUUUAGCUUCGGUGAGAACCCAUUGGUCACAUGCAGCCAGGUGAACCAGAGUGCGGCAGGCUGCUUCACCGCACCGGCCAUGGCGACACCUUCGACAUUUAGUUUCGACAGUGCUAGACCUCCCGGCUUUAGCUUUGGUGCAAACCUAUCGGUCACAGGCAGCCAGGUGAACAAGAGUGCGGCAGGCUGCUUCACCGCACCGGCCAUGGCGACGCCCUCGACAUUUAGUUUCGGCAGUGCUCGACCUCCCGGCUUUAGCUUUGGUGCAAACCCGUCGGUCACAGGCAGCCAGGUGAACAAGAGUGCGGCAGGCUGCUUCACCGCACCGGCCAUGGCGACACCUUCGACAUUUAGUUUCGACAGUGCUAGACCUCCCGGCUUUAGCUUUGGUGCAAACCCAUCGGUCACAGGCAGCCAGGUGAACAAGAGUGCGGCAGGCUGCUUCACCGCACCGGCCAUGGCGACGCCCUCGACAUUUAGUUUCGGCAGUGCUCGACCUCCCGGCUUUAGCUUUGGUGCAAACCCGUCGGUCACAGGCAGCCAGGUGAACAAGAGUUCGGCAGGCUGCUUCACCGCACCGGCCAUGGCGACGCCCUCGACAUUUAGUUUCGGCAGUGCUCGACCUCCCGGCUUUAGCUUUGGUGCAAACCCAUCGGUCACAGGCAGCCAGGUAAACAAGAGUGCGGCAGGCUGCUUCACCGCACCGGCCAUGGCGACGCCCUCGACGUUUAGUUUCGGCAGUGCUCAACCUCCCGGCUUUAGCUUUGGUGCAAACCCAUCGGUCACAGGCAGCCAGGUGAACAAGAGUGCGGCAGGCUGCUUCACCGCACCGGCCAUGGCGACACCUUCGACAUUUAGUUUCGACAGUGCUAGACCUCCCGGCUUUAGCUUUGGUGCAAACCCAUCGGUCACAGGCAGCCAGGUGAACAAGAGUGCGGCAGGCUGCUUCACCGCACCGGCCAUGGCGACGCCCUCGACAUUUAGUUUCGGCAGUGCUCGACCUCCCGGCUUUAGCUUUGGUGCAAACCCAUCGGUCACAGGCAGCCAGGUAAACAAGAGUGCGGCAGGCUGCUUCACCGCACCGGCCAUGGCGACGCCCUCGACGUUUAGUUUCGGCAGUGCUCAACCUCCCGGCUUUAGCUUUGGUGCAAACCCGUCGGUCACAGGCAGCCAGGUGUACCAGAGUGCGGCACGCUGCUCCACCGCACCGGCCAUGGCUACGCCCUCGACAUUUAGUUUCAGCAGUGCUCGAUCUCCCUGCUUUAGCUUCGGUGAGAACCCGUCGAACACAGGCACAUCUUCCGGCUUUAGCUUCGGGGCGAACCCUUCGACCUCAGGCAGACAGGUGAACCAGAGUGACGUGGCCCGGCCCCUUUCGUUACCCAGCGAAAACGGUUUGCCAUCGGUUUUCGCCAAUGGUCACCCCUAUGUUCCAGGUUUCAACUUCGCUGCCAGCCACUGGGACACAGUGCAAGUCAUCCCGAUUCACGCUUCCGGACCGGUCAAUAUAAUUGUCGAAGCUGAGGCGCAAAAGAUUGCCGAUAAUGGAAAGAAAAAGCAAAAGAGGAGGAAGAAAAAGCAGGGGGUGGUUAAGCCCAGCAAGCAUGUAAAAGAUGACCCCUACUCUUAA